AUGGAGGCGGCUCUGGUGAGCGUGGUGACGGGGGCCCUCAAACCCGUCCUGGAGAAGCUGGCUACUCUGCUUGGCGAUAAGUACAAGCGUUUCAAGGGGGUGCAUAAGGAUAUCAAGUCCCUCACUCAUGAACUCACUGCCAUGGACACAUUUCUCAUGAAGAUGUCAGAGGAGGAGGAUCCUGAUCCGCAGGAUAAAGUUUGGAUCAAUGAGGUGCGAGAGCUGUCCUACGUCAUGGAGGAUUGCAUCGACGAUUUCAUGCUAAGUGUCGCUGAAAAGGACACAAAGCCGGAGGGCUUCAUCGAGAAGAUGAAUCACGCACUAGGUAAGUUGGGAAAUAUGAAGGCUCGUCGUCGUAUUGGAAACGAAAUUCAUGAUCUGAAGAAACAGAUCACUGAGGUGGGCGAGAGGAACAUGAGGUACAAGACUCGUGAGGCCUCCUCCAAGACCAUGAAUGCAACCGUUGACCCUAGAGCUCUUGCUGUCUUUGAGGACGCGUCAAAGCUUGUCGGAAUUGAUGAAUCUCGAGCCGAGAUUGUCAAAUUGUUGACUGAAGGUGCGUCAACACGAGAACAAGCGAAGUUGGUAUCCAUUGUAGGACCUGGAGGAAUGGGCAAGACAACUCUUGCAAACCAAGUGUAUCAACAUCUGAAAGAAAAAUUCGAGUGUCGGGCCUUCUUAUCCGUGUCGCGAAAUCCAGAUAAAAUGAAUAUAUUCAGAACUAUUCUCAGUGAAGUUACUGGAACAGAUUAUGCUAAAACUGAAGCAGGUAGCAUAGAACAGCUCGUCAGAAAGAUUACUGAUUUCUUAGCAGGCAAAAGGUAUUUUGUUGUUGUUGAUGAUAUAUGGGAUGUUGAUACAUGGAAUGUUAUUAAGCUUGCAUUCCCCAUGACUAGUUCUGGCAGCAUCAUAAUCACCACUACUCGUAUAAAUGAUGUUGCCAAAUUGUGCCGUUCAUCAUUCAGUGGUGAUAUUUAUGGUAUAAGGCGUCUUAAUGUGGUGCAUUCAAGAGAGUUAUUUCACAGAAGACUAUUCGAUUCCAAUGAAGAUUUCCCUUCACACCUUGAAGAAGUUUCUGAUCUGAUAUUGCAAAAAUGUGAUGGGUUACCUCUAGCAAUCAUUACCAUCUCGAGUUUGUUAGCUAAUAAAGAGAGAACAGAGGAUUUAUGGCAUCAAGUGAAAUAUUCAAUUGGUCGUGCACUUGAAAGGAAUCAUGGAGUCAAAGUAAUGAUGAAUAUAUUGUCACUUAGUUACUUUGACCUGCCUCCUCAUCUAAAAAGUUGUCUCUUAUAUAUGAGUAUAUUUCCGGAAUAUGCUAUUAUUGGAAGGAAGGGUCUGAUACGGAGAUGGAUUGGUGAAGGGUUCGUUCACAAAGAAGACAGAUAUACGGUACACGAGAUAGGAGAGAAGUAUUUUAAUGAGCUUCUCAAUAGGAGUUUGAUCCAACCCGUGAAGAUAAAUCAACAUGGUAGGGUGAAGACUUGCCGAGUUCAUAACAUAAUUCUUGAUUUCAUCAUAUCCAAGUCAAUUGAAGAGAACUUCGUUACUUUGGUUGGUGUUCCCAUUCUUACAAAUAGGACAGAAAAUAAAGUAGUUCGUCGACUCUCUCUGCAACUCAACAAACAAGGAAAUUCGACGAUACCAACAUCAGGUCUGGUAUUUUCUCAUGUCCGGUCCGUUAAUGUGUUCAUUUUUUCUGUGGAAAUUCCUUUGCAGAAAUUCGUACAUUUGCGUGUUCUGGACUUUGAGUAUUGCAACUUGAAAAACCAUCAUAUUGAAGAUAUAGUGAUGUUAAUUCACCUGAGGUAUCUUAACCUCAAACGGACAGGAAUAAGUGAGCUCCCAAAACAAAUCGGGCGUUUGGGGUGCUUAGAGAUGCUGGACAUAAGAUGCAACGGGGUAGAGGAAUUACCUGCAUCUAUUGUUAAUCUUGGAAAAUUGUCGCAUCUGCUUGCUGACGGUUGUAUUAAAUUUCCUGAUGGGAUUGCGAAGAUGCAAGCACUGGAGACUUUGAAAGCCAUCACGGUCUACAUUCAGGGAUUUGACUUCCUAUGGGGCCUUGGGCAGCUAAAAAAUUUGAGGAAUCUGGUCCUCCAAGAAAUCGAUGUUGAUUCUUACAGUGAUACUGAUAUGGUUGAGUGCGGCAGAGUUACGGUCUCAUCCCAGUGUAAGCUAGGCAAUCAAAAUCUACGUUCUCUGAAUCUGAGGAAUGGGAGCAGCCUCUUACAGGAACCUUUGUGCAUUGUCACCCUUGAGAAACUUAUUACCAAGUCUUCAGCCGUUACACGGGUUCCGGAAUGGGUGAGCUCCCUUAGAAACCUCCAACAGCUACGCCUUGAAGUGGAGGUAGUUAAGCAGGAUGAUCUCUGCAUCCUUGGAGCCUUACCUGCUCUGCUCAUUCUUGUUCUGGAAGUAGUAACAAAGUCAAAUGAGAGGCUCAGAAUCAGUGGUGAAAUUGGGUUCCAACUUUUGAGGUCUUUUAUUUAUGAAGUAUGUUAUCAGCCGGUAGAUCUGAUGUUUGCGGAAGGAUCCAUGCCUAAGCUAGAAAAACUAGAGCUUAAGGUCCUGCGCAUAACUGAAGCCGACUCUCUGGAAUUUGGAAUCAAAAACCUCCCCCGUCUCAGCAUUGUAAAAUAUGAAGUACUUUGCGACGAUGAUAAUUUUGGAGCCGUAGAGACUGCCAUGGAGAGAGCAGCCAGCACACAUCCCAACGAGCCUACUCUACUCUUUAGUAUUUUGAACUAGCCAUGGUAAAACUUCAACAUGGAAAAGUGUGGACGACUUACUUGAUUCAACCAAGGGAAGGUGUCUUAA